AUGGCCGGCCUUCCAGAUGUUCCUGGCUCCAAGCUAUACCCAUUCAAUACAAAGGGCAAGCCAUUGAACAUUGAGUACCUCGAGGAGUUGGGACAUGGUCUGCAUGGCUAUGUUUGGAAAGUUCGGAUCAACGACCAAGUAUUUGCCUUGAAGAUUUUCAACUGGUUUCGCGAAGGGGUUGAAGGGUCCAACACUUUUGGGCAAGAACUGGACUUCGCUGAGAGGGAAAACUACUUCGAGCCCUUUCAAAAUGAAUGCAGGGCGUAUGGCAGGUUGAAAGAGUUUGGCUGGGAGGACCUGACGUUCAAGUGUUUCGGCUAUAUCCUGCUUGAGCAGACACAUCUGACUUUUCUGAAACGCACGUACGAAAACUUCUAUAAAUGCGACUGGGACUACGACUCAGAUGAGGAAUAUUGCCGCAAAGAGCCAGUCCGGGCAAUUGUCAAGGAAUUCGUAGACAUACCGAAGACAGAGCAUUGA